AUGUGUACUGUUCUCUUCGUCCUUUUUAUUCAGCUGUAUUGCUAUGUUAUAUUGUCGGUGCUGCUGUUGCUGUUGCAGCCAGUUGCAUGCAGCGCGCAGCAGCAAAAGUUUCGCACGACGCCGCACGAUCUGCAGGUGCUGGAGGGUGCCGAGGCGAUGAUGCGUUGCGAGGUCGCCAAUCUUGCCGGUGCGGUACAGUGGACAAAGGAUGGCUUCGCCUUGGGUUUCUCCACAGUGAUACCUGGCUAUCCGCGCUACUCGGUGCUCGGGGAUCGCAAACAGGGCAUCUACAAUCUGCGCAUCUCGAAUGCAUCCAUCAACGAUGAUGCCGAGUAUCAGUGCCAGGUGGGCCCAGCUCGACUCAAUUCGGCAAUUAGAGCCAAUGCCAAGCUGACUGUCAUCUCACCGCCAUCAUCGAUCGAGAUCAAAGGCUAUGGCCACAACGCCAAAGUGGAGGUCCGUGAGAAUCAGGAUUUGACACUCAAGUGCAUCGUGGCGAAUGCGAAGCCGGAAGCCCAAAUCGUUUGGUAUCGUGGCAAUGUUGAAUAUAAGCCAGAUAAGCGCGACGAUAAAGUGUCGGAAUCGACGCCGAAGCGCUACACAACAACCUCCAGCCUGAAGCUGAAGCCCGGCGCGAAUGAUGAUUACGCGGAAUACACCUGCCAGGCGAAGCAUCGGGCCCUGUCGCCGGACAUGCCCAUGCGUGCCACCGUGCAACUGUCCGUGUUGUAUCCACCCGGACCACCAUAUAUCGAGGGUUAUUCGCCCAGCGUCACCCUGCGACGUGGCCAGACCGUGGAGCUGAGUUGUCGCAGUCACGGUGGCAAUCCACCGGCACAGCUCAUCUGGUACAAGAACAACUCCCAGAUACGCAUGGCCUACAGGACCGCUGGCCGCCUGUCGGAAAACAUUUACACGUUCACCGCGGAGGCGGGCGACAACAAGGCUCGUUUCCGGUGCGAGGCAAGCAAUGUGAUGUCCCAGACGCCGCUCAAGGCGGAAGUCGAUUUGACUGUACUAUUCGCACCUUCGCAAGUGACAGUGACGGGACCGACGGAGGCGCGCGUCGGCGAUGUGGUGCCACUGAUGUGUGCCACGGCGCCCUCGAAUCCGCCCGCAGAGAUCAAGUGGAUGGUGGGUGGUCGUCAAAUACGCAAUGCCACCACCAAGACGACAGUCAGCCCCGAAGGCGGCUCCAUAACCACCUCGAAUUUCACCACUACCGUGGAGCCGAAUAAGCGUUCCUUGGUUGUCAUCUGUCAUGGCCUCAACAUGCAACUAACGGAAAAUGUUGUUGCCACACACACGAUCAAUGUGCUAUAUCCGCCCGCGCCGCCAUUAAUUUCGGGCUAUAUAGAAGGACAAAUUAUACCAGCUGGGUCGGUGCAAAAACUGCUCUGUGUCUCAUCGGGCGGCAAUCCGCUGGCAACGUUAACGUGGUAUAAAAACGACAAGCGGAUUAACUCUGUCAUUCGAACUGCUGACAGGUCGGUUUCAGCUGAAAUAACGAUACUGGCCAAUGUGACCGACAAUCAGGCGCAAUAUCGUUGCGAGGCCUCGAACAGUGCCACCGAAAUUCCACUCUUCGAGUCCACCACGCUCAGUGUGCACUUUGCGCCAGAGACGGUAAAAAUACGCAUUGAACCGGAAGAGCUGAGACCUGGCACAGAGGCAACCAUCAUUUGCGACUCGAGCUCAAGCAAUCCGCCGGCAAAGCUGUCCUGGUGGAAGGAUGGCAUAUCCAUUGAAGGCAUUAAUAAUACGUCGAAGCCAGGUCUGUGGGGUGGCACCGUGUCCACGCUCGAGUUCAGGCUAAACAUCAGCCAGGAAAUGAACGGUGUCGUCUACACUUGCCAAAGCGCCAACGAGGCACUGCAGCGCAGCGUCCACGAGGCAACUAGCCUCAAUGUCCUGUUUGGGCCCAAGUUUGUACCGCCCCCGUCGACGACCUCGGUGGGCUUGGAGGGUGAAUCGCUGCAGGUGCCGCUGCAGGCGAAUGCGAAUCCGGAGCUAAUCAACUACACGUGGAUAAAGAACGGUGCGGUUAUACCACAGGAUAACCCUGGCGAGCAUCGCAUCUUUGCCGAUGGUGCCGUACUCAACUUUACCAAGCUGCAUCGCGAAGAUUCUGGCAUCUAUUCCUGCACCGCCAGCAAUUCACAGGGCAAGGCCAGCAUCAACAUAACAGUUGUCGUCGAAUAUGGCACCACCAUCAAGUCCGUGUCGGAGAAUAUCAUUGUCAGUCCCGGCGAGGAUGCAAUGCUCUCGUGCAGCGUCGAAGGCAAACCCCUCGAACACGAUCAUGUCAAAUGGGAGCGGGUCGGCUACGAGAUGAAGGACAAGACCACAACGACCUUCACAAAUGGAACUGCCUAUUUGCACAUUAAGAACGCCCAGCGCGAAGAUGUCGGCAAUUUCCGAUGUGUGGCCGACAAUCAUGUCGCGAAUCCCACCAAUCGCGACGUACUCCUCAUUGUUAAAUUUGCACCCGAGAUUACCAAGUCGCCUACGUUGCUGCGUGCAGCAAGUGGCACCGGGGAACGCGGACGGUUGCCUUGCCGGGCACAGGCAUCGCCGAGGCCGCAAUUUAUUUGGCGUCAAGAGCAGAAGGAGCUGCCCAUCAAUCGUACGUCCAAAUACGAAGUGGAGGAGCGCAAGAUCGACUCCCUCACCUACGAGUCGACGCUGAUUGUCGAGAAAGUGGCGCCUGCCGAUUACGGUGCCUACGAGUGUAUCGCACGCAACGAACUCGGCGAGGAUGUGGAAACGGUGCGAUUGGAUAUAACAUCGCCCCCAGAACCACCGCUCAGUCUCAACAUACUGAAUGUCACCCACGAUACGGUGACUGUCGCUUGGACUCCCGGUUUCGAUGGCGGUUUAAAGGCGUCUUACCGUGUGCGAUAUCGCAUGGUUGACCGCGAGCAGUACAAAUACAUUGAUGGACUUGCCAACAGUCACAAGCUUACCAUCCCCGGCCUGCGUAUGAAUACUCUAUAUCUGUUUUCGGUCAUGUCAUGGAAUGAUUUGGGACAGAGCUCCUACCUGCCGGAUUUGACGCGUGCCCAGACCAAAGAGGCGCCACCGCCAUCGCAGCCCGCUUCAUCAUUGGGUGGCGGACCACCGACUACCAGCCAAACGCCGUUAGGCGGCACCUCGGGUAUGCUGCUAGUGGGCGUGGCAGCUGGCAUAACGGUUGUGCUGCUCAAUAUCUUUGUCAUCGGCUGCUGCCUGCACAAGCGCAACGAGAAGCGUCUGAAGCGAGUGGCGGAAACUACAAAUCAACCAGGCAAAACGGCGACCAUCGAAAUGUACGCGCCCAGCUCGUACAAUGACACCGUUACCGGCGAGACACUGUCCAGCGUGUCGGAGAAGAGCGAGUCCUACUCCAAUGAGGGCAGUCAGCCGGAAUACAUUGAUGAGGCGCGAAAGAAGGCAGCAUCGACGUAUCUGGUGGAGAGUGCGGAUAUGCCGCCGCCCAGAUAUCAAAAGGAUGGCACACUGCCAGCAUUAUAUCCAAAUAAUAUGGUGAAUGCGUGCACGCUGCCCCAUCCGAGGCAUAAUCAGGGGCAUGCCGCUGUGAUGGCAGCCGCUGCUGCUGCUGCUGCUGGCCACAUGACGCGCGACGAUCAGAUGCUCAUCGGCAAGGGCGUCUAUAUACCGUCCCCGUCGCCCGCGCCGCCACCAGAUGGAUCCUACUACAACAUGAAUAGUGAACGAUAUCUCUCCUAUCCGCCAAUGGAAUAUCCUGGUGCGUUGGAUUUCAGCACGCCGCCGUUGCCGCUGGCUGUGCCACUGACGCAUCUGCAGCCGCUGCCCAUCACGGUGACGUCACAGGCGGCACUGUUGGCCAGCAAUGGGACAGCAACGCUGAUUGGCAAUGGCAGUGCCACAGGUGGAGGCACCUUGAGGCGUGGCAUACUGCGGGGCGUGGUCGGUGGUCCGCCGCCCGAUGUUACGCAUCACACGUCGACCGGAGUCGGAGGCGGGCAAAUGUUGCACGAUCUGCAACAUCCGAUCAAUCUGAGUGCCACAACGCUGACGACGAGCACAAUGCUCAAUGGGAGCAUGACGACAGCGUUGCCACUUGCCACAUCAACGCUGCCCCGCCAGCCACACGGCAUUCUCAAGGAUCCCAAUCGCAACAGGCAGCAGCAGCAGCAACAGCAGCAACAAUUGCUUAAUGCCAGUCUGCCGAUGGGCAGCCUGCAGAUCCUCAAUCUGCCAGUGAGCAGCGCCCAGCUGGGCAGCAAUCUGCUGAUGACAACCAGUGCCACUUACGAUCCGGCGUCCCUCACCACCUUCAACGGGACGGCGGGCAUCAGCAGCAGCGUGGGGGCGGGGCAGGGUGUCCAGGUUGCCUACACCGAUGCAGACGGGCAUCUCGUAUAGCUGUAGGCGGAGACUGGGACAACAACAGCAGCAGCAGCAGUGGAGUCGUCCCGGUACUGAGUGAGGUUAUUAUCCAAUAAUGGUAACUACAUCCUUACAUCUACAUAACACAUGUACAGUUGCGCUCAAGAUUAUAGCACCACUACGACAACUUUUUCCUUACGAAUGAAAAAGCAAAAAAAAAAAUAUUUAAAUAAGUUGAAAACAGUGCAUAACAUUAUGGUUUUUUCUUGCCCUGUUUUUUAAGAGUCUUCUUGCACAUCGAAGAACAUGCAAGCAUUUCUUGUGAGAAAGUGGAGCUAUUAUUUUGUUCGCAGCUGUACAUCUACAUACACACAUAUACAUACACAUAUACAC